AAUAUUGAGUCGUUUCGCACUUCGUUUCGGCUCUGAAAAGCAUAUAAUAUCAGUUGCGCAUUGUAAAAAUAUAAUUCCGGUGAUAAAAAAAAUGUUCGAACAGUGAAAUUCAAAUAGCUAGUGAAUUAAUCUAAUUUCUGACACAUCUUCGGAUUGAUUUUGCGGUGAAACAUUUUCAAGAAUUUAAUCAGACAAAAUGGACAAGAGAAAAUUGUCAACUUCUGGAGAUUCGCUUUAUGCAAUUUUGGAAAUUCCUAAAACUGCCACUGCAGAUGAAAUUAAAAAAACGUACAGAAAAUUAGCACUCAAAUAUCAUCCAGAUAAAAAUCCAAAUAAUCCAGAAGCGGCAGAAAAGUUCAAAGAAAUAAACAGGGCGCGAGCAAUUUUGUGCGAUUUAACGAAACGCAACAUUUAUGACAACUAUGGGUCCCUUGGUUUGUAUGCUGCUGAGCAAUUCGGCGAAGAGAAUGUUAACUCCUACUUUAUUAUCACAUCCAAGUGGACCAAGGCAAUCUUUGCGUUCUGUGGAAUCAUUACUGGCUGUUAUUGUUGUUGCUGCCUCUGUUGCUGUUGCAAUUUCUGUUGCGGAAAAUGUAAACCAACACCGCCGGAAGACAGUGGAGACUAUCACAAUUUGCAGGAGGACGAGAGUGACGAGGAUGCGGUGACUGCGCAACCUCUGGCUGGAGCAGCUCAGGGUGCACCAAGUAGUCAACCAGCUUUUGCAAUGCCACCCCCACCAUCAAUGGCAAAUGAAAGUACCACUUUGAAUAGUGGCGGAGAUCGUGUCAGCUAUACCACCGUGUCAGGAGCAUCGACAAAUCCAUUUAGAGCAGCGCCAUACCCUGGAACUGACCCAACAGCACCUUCCUGGUAGUUAAAAAAAUUUUGAAAUUAAAAUGAAAAUAUGAAAAACGAAGAAGAACCGUCGCACUCGACUCAUUAUAGAAGAUUUCGACAGUUGUCUGCAUACUUAUCCUCAUGUACAAAACCUCCGAGUCGUAUUUAUUAUUAUUAUAAAAAUUCACUUAAAAAAAGUGAAAAUUCACUAACAAAAAAACAAAAAAAAAUCCGUUUGAUCUAAACG